AUCAAAACGGCGGCUGUACGCUCAAUAAUUUGAUUGACGUCCUGAAAAAUUUAUGUUUCAGUCGGUUCAGUACUGCGAGAGCUAUUUAUACUUUCCAAUGUCGGACUGAAAACUAGGGAAAAAAUUUGUGUUUGAGUGCUAUGUGUGAUGGUGUUACAACCUAUUGAUUUGCGCAGUUCGACGGGUGUGCUAUUAAAUUCCGAAACGAUGUCGGAAGGGACAUUAGAAAGAAAUCGCGCUGAAAAAGCUCUCAUUAUAACAAAUAAAACACCGACUCACUGCCAGUUCUUCAAGAAUUCUGGGGUAAAAAAUUACUCUGAUAAAAAUGGCAAUGAAGUUCCUAAAUCAGCUAACAAAAAUAGAAAGACAUUCGCGUUUUGGACACUUGUGUUUUUAAUAUUUCUUUUCGGUUUGGGCAAUUUGAUUCUAACAUUAUCAAUGCUGUUCGUGCUUCGACUGGGCCACGGUCUCGAAAGUAUGGAGUUUUUGCCCGAACAUAAUGCCAUCAAAUUCUUCGGUGACACAGAUUUUGAGCACCUUUACAAAAAGGAUGGCUUGAUAGAGAGCUUCAAGGAUACGCCGUUGACAAUAUCCAGUGAAAACGGAUCUGUACUGCUGAAUUUACAGACAAAACCAUCUCGCUACGAGAACAAGUUGACAGUGAAUACCUCAGGAGUGUUCGUCCGUGGAGUAUCGGCGAUGGAGCUGACAGACCCUGACUCCGGCGAGGUGGUGUUCAGCACGGCAGCCACUGAGAUGAACGUGCCAGACGGAGUAGGGAAUGUUCAUGCUAAGCAAGUAAUAGUAAAGCGCAUAGCGGCUCCCACCGACGAGGACCUGCUCCUCCGCUCCGAAGCCUCAGCAUACCUUCGAGGAGCCGAAGGAACGCACAUGGAAUCUAAAGAGCUAUUCUGGAGCGCUGACCAGGACAUAUACUUGAAAUCUAUUAACGGUUCCAUAGUUUUAAGCGGCAAAGAUGGCGUAUUUAUCGAUGUUAGAUACCUUCCAAUCGCCAGCUCAGUGAACAGAACUGAUAAAUAUAGUCAGGGGACGGGUCAGUUCAAAAUUUGCGUGUGUAUGCCUCAGGGGAAGUUGUUCAGGAUUGCUGUGCCGACUGGACAGAAGGUUUCUUGUGCACAUAUUAAUAUGACGGGGGAUUUGAAUCCUUGCAUAUGAAUUAUUUGUGUUGUUGUUAGUUUCUUUGUCUGGAACUGUUGCACUGCUGGGUGUUUGUAUUCUUAUGUAG